GGGCUGAUGGAUGGGGCGUGUAUUAUGUCUGAAAUGGAUAUGGAUAGAAUAUGGGUACCCGCCUUCUAGUCUAGUCCAGUUCUGCUAGAGUAAGACGUGCUAUGAUAUACGGAACUCAAAAGCUACUUUCCCCAAAACGAGAGACUUGAUCCAGCCCGACCCAUGGAUACAAAGGAAAGGCUGAGGAAUGAUGGCGGAUGAAGGGAAGAGCAUGGCCUUGCAGGGGAAGAUCAACAGCUACAGUAUUUUCCGCACACCCCUCAUCGGAGACAGUUAAACUCACAAUCUAUUAUCCACUGCAUCAGCACAGCAAAGUGCACCGCAUAGAAUUCCAGCAGAAGCGAUACAGAGAGCAAGAAGGUGAGUCUAUAUGUACGUGUUCAAGGUUUAUAUUUCAACUAUCCACCCGCCUGAAUACUCCCACCACCUUAUCCCAUCCGUUAAUUGUCAUAUUACCAUGAAAGGAGCGUUGUCGAAUGAAGCAAGUAUUGGCAAUUUUUUUCGUCUUUUCGGUUGAGUUCAAACGUGUUUCAUAUGAAGGACAGGCUAUCGAAUCGAAGUAUAAUGUAGGGGCAAGGAAAGGCGUGUUCGAGAGCGAGAGACGAUGUUAUCUUCGAGUCUGGUUUAGUGGGAUGAGGAAUAGACUGACUGACUUAUUUUCCGCAGUUGCAGGCACCCUGAGCGCAUCCGCAGUCGGCGCAAGUGCAGCCCUCAGUUCCGCAGCCAGGCAUUUUCAAAAGAAGGAUUGGUGUUGGUUUUGGGUUUUGUAUUUAGCUGUGUUGGUAUUGGUAUUGGUUGCUCGUUACUUUGCUUCGGUGAGGUGUGAACGAAGAGGGGCAAAGCGGGGUCUUUAUCUCUCCUCCAGCAAGCCUCCCAAUGUAAGAAGUGACCCAACAAGGCAGCGGACACACCCGAUAACAGCAAGAGACCCCGUUUUCGGCACCUUGUAUGCCGAUACCCGCGCUCGACGCCUGCGCUUGGGACUAUCCAGGUCGGCACCAGCCUAUCUUAAGCUCGGAGACGCGAGCACAGGCAUGCUCAUGGUGGGCAACAUCCAUGGCUGACUUCGAGAUCAAUGGCUUAGAGGAGAGCUAAGCAUGCGUUAUACCCUGUUUGCGCAAGUUUCGUGGGGAUUGAAUCUGCUUCUCGGUAAGAUGGGUGUUGCGGCUUGCCGCAUUCGGCAUAGAUGGUAGCUAGAGGAGAGCGUGAUGUGAUGGGUGAGUGCAUUGUGCGGAAUUCUGGGCAAUGAAAGAGGCGAGAAAAAUGAAGUUUGGGAGGGACAUGGGAGUCGGGAGUUGGGAGUUAGGCUUGGGAUUGGAGAGCUGUGUG